UGCCCACUUCCGAUUUCCAACCACCCUCCACGCUCUUCGCGCCUUUCAACAGACAUCCCAAGCUCUUCCCAGAGUCCCCCUUCAAAUAAACAAAACGCGCAUCUGAGAAACGAUGCCAGUUCUCACUCCCACAAGUCCAACCCUCGCAGCGUCUUACUAACCUGCGCCGCUCCUCGUAUCCUGCACCCACCGCGUCACCCUCCCUCCGCAAUGAAGAGCUCUUCUUCCACCAGCACUCUUCUCCUUAUCUACUUCUCCUUCCUAAUCUUCUUCACCCUUCUCCCUUCCCCCUCUCUUUCUCGUAUCGCGGCUGAAGAUCGGACGGCUGAGAUCAAUGCCACCGAAUCCGUCGACGGAUCCAAGGAUGACAGCUUCGCCGACAUGAUCGACCGGGCCCUUGAGAAGGAAUUUACGGAGAACGAGCAGACUGGAGAGACUGAUGUGGGUGGCUUUAAUAAUAGUGUUGCCGAACAACAGGCAGUUCUGGAAACUGUUGCUAGAGUUAAGCCCAAGAAAAAUGACACCAAAGAGGAGAAGUCAUUUCAAUUGCACGAUGUUUUCAAUUUGGAUAACGAGAAUCGAGCAGAAGACACCCCAACCUUAAUAGAUCGGAAGGACAAUGUUUUUAUUAUAUCAAAACCCAAAUCGAAAUAUCCUGUGCUACAGUUAGACUUAAGAUUGAUAUCAGAUCUGGUGGUGGUCAUUGUAUCUGCAACUGGUGGUGGCAUUGCCUUUUCUUGUCUGGGACAACCGGUUAUCACUGGAUAUCUGCUAGCAGGAUCUGCUAUUGGGCCUGGGGGUUUGAACUUUGUCAGCGAACUGGUGCAGGUCGAGACUGUUGCGCAGUUUGGCGUGAUUUUCCUUCUGUUUGCGUUAGGGCUGGAGUUCUCCAUGACAAAGCUACGAGUUGUUCGAGCAGUUGCUGUUCUAGGAGGCCUACUACAGAUUUUUCUAUUUAUGUGUUUGUGUGGCAUAACAGCCUCGUUAUGUGGUGGAAAGCCUUCAGAGGGUGUAUUCGUUGGAGCAUUCUUGUCAAUGUCUUCAACUGCUGUGGUUUUGAAGUUUUUGAUGGAAAGAAACAGCAUUAAUGCCCUUCAUGGUCAGGUUACAGUUGGCACCCUUAUUCUCCAGGAUUGUGCUGUUGGCUUGCUGUUUGCACUACUUCCGGUCCUGGGUGGCACUUCCGGCGUUCUACAAGGAGUAAUUUCCAUGACCAAGUCGAUGGUCGUGCUUUGUACAUUUUUGGCCAUUUUGUCUAUACUAUCUCGUAUGUGUGUUCCUUGGUUUCUGAAGCUGAUGAUCAGUCUUUCCUCACAGACGAAUGAACUUUAUCAAUUGGCAUCAGUUGCAUUUUGUUUAGUUGUUGCUUGGUGUAGUGACAAGUUGGGUUUGAGCCUUGAAUUGGGUUCCUUUGCAGCAGGUGUGAUGAUUUCAACUACUGAUCUUUCACAACAUACCCUUGAACAGGUUGAACCCAUUCGUAACUUUUUUUCUGCUCUUUUUCUGGCCAGCAUUGGGAUGCUGAUCCAUGUUCAAUUUCUCUGGAACCAUGUGGAUAUUUUACUCGCGGCUGUGAUUUUGGUGGUUAUUAUAAAAACAAUUGUGAUCACCACAGUUGUCAAGGGAUUUGGCUAUAGCAACACGACUUCUGUUCUUGUUGGCAUGUCUUUGGCACAAAUUGGAGAAUUUGCUUUUGUUCUUCUCGGUCGUGCCUCUAAUCUUCAUUUGGUUGAGGGUAAACUGUAUCUACUGCUGCUUGGCACAACAGCUCUUAGUCUGGUGACAACCCCAUUUCUUUUCAAGUUGAUUCCUGCAGUUGUACACCUUGGAGUGCUGCUGCGGUGGUUCCCUCCUGAUAGCAGUCAGAAUGAGGGGUUUAAGCCUGGUAUUGGAAAAUGAUUUCUUCUUCCAGAUGGGAUUUAAAGGUGACAGCUUUCGAACAGAUAGUGGUAAGCGUAUUGUAUUGAUGGUCCAAGGCUCUCAUGAUUCAUGAGAAAAACAAACACACCCGGAUGAAUUUCCAGCCUGUUGAGAGGAAGGUACGUUAAAGGUUGCAAAGGAAGAUGGAUGGAGUCGCAUCUUUUUCUUCCUAUUGUCUCUCCUCAUGUUCCUGCCCAAGCGGGCAAGCUGUGCCUAAAAUGGGUAUGACACAGUGGGGGAAUCUAAAAGUCAAAAAAGAAACCGAUGAAAGCUUGAAAGAUUAAAAGUUCUGCCAUUGAUCAGGACAUUCAUACGUAGGUACCAAUUUUGUGUAAAAUAGCCUACUUGCUUUGUGAUAUAUGUGAUUUGAUUUUUUUUAAUGGAUUUGUCAAAAAGUGCAACUCGCAAGCCAUUGUGAAUUUGAGAAUUUAUCAAUUCAUGUAGUUUAGUUGAAGAUGUCAGAACUAUUUGAGUUCAGGAGAA